UUUUUAUCUAACUCAGUUCUCAAGGAUUACAAAUAAAGCCACAGUCAGCUUGCCACAGGGAUGGACAUUGGACAACUAAAAACUAACACUGGCAUAUUUAUCACAAUUUAAUUCACGAUUUUAGCUCAAACUCUUAGUUUUUAAUCGGAAAACGUAACAUUUAAAACAAAUAAGUUUGGCGUCAUAAUAUAUCGCAAAACAUUAAGUCAGAAUGUAAAAGAAGUUUUACGCAAGUAACUCAGGAAAACUUUUGGUUGGCCUUAAAAUGAUCCGUAACAACUGAUGAGAUUGACAACUGUAGCUUUUAGGCAAAGUUGUGUAGUCCUUACAACAAUGAAAACGGUAAAUUGUUUUAGGACGGGGUUUGUAACCACGGCUAACAUAUGACCUCGGUUAGUUUGAUAACCGAUUAAUUUUUAAACGUUUCGGAGCACCUGCAGCUAAUUGCUAAGCAGCUAGCAGAGAUUAGCAGCAUGGGUGAUGGUAGUGUUGUCCCAAGGCUCGGCAACAUGAAGGCUCUGCUGGGAAUUGUUGCGGGUGCUGGCGCUUCUUACGGACUGUACAAACUUAUCAGCGGACAAGUUUUCAAGAAACCCAAGAAAAAUCCCCAUAAUGAAAGUCCCAGUGUGAAGAGUAGCCAGCAGGGGGGAAUUAAGCUACGGCCGGGGAGUCUGCUAGCGAAAGUAUCCGGACUGGAUGUAGUCUGUGCCCGUCCAGAUGAUGCUACAUCAGGAGAGAUCGUCCAUCAAUCCCCCAACAAACUGGAGUUACAUCACUUGAAGAUGCUGCUGUCACGUUUGCAGACCAUCGAUGAUGUAUCUAAUCGGGCUCAGUUUCUUCUCACGUUGGGAAAUGCUGCUGCCUUCACCGUAAAUCAGAACCAAAUUCGUGAAUUAGAAGGGAUUCCUGUCAUAGCUGGCUUCCUUUCUGAUCCUGCUCCAGAGGUUAGAGUGCAAGCUCUGAAUGCUUUAAAUAAUUUGUGCAUGAACAUCCAGAACCAGGAGCAAAUAAAGCUUUAUGUGCCACAAGUGCUGGAGCUGAUCGAAAUGUCGGCAGUGAACUCUGACCUCCAGCUGGGUGCUUUGCGGCUGCUGACGAACCUCUCGGUCACAGACAAACAUCAGCAUUUGCUGAAGGGAUCGGUCACUCUUUUAUUGUCUCUGCUGGUUGUCAGCAGUGAAGCAUUACAGGUUCAGACCUUGAAAGUUCUUGUUAAUUUAUCAUCUAAUCCAGAUAUGAUGGAUGACAUAGUUCAAGCUCAGGCUCCUGCCUCUGUGCUGCUUCUCUUUGAUGAACGAACGUCUCCUGCCGUGCUGCUGCGACUGCUAACCUUUGUAGGGAACUUGAAGGCCUGGAGGCCCUCUGCACAGGUGGCUGACGAACUUAGACUAAAACAGGACUGUCUGUUCCGGGUCAUGCUGGAUGAAUCCUCCCAGCUGCACGGCAAACUUGUCCGGCUGCUUUCACACCCCGCUGGGGAGAUUCAGGCCCAAGUAGCUCGUAUAUUGACGUAGACCUUCCCUCCUUCCCCCUGCCAGUCUCUUAAUCUUUAAACCGUUCCUCUUUGACAUUAACUCUUGUGGACUGUGCUGUAGACUCCUGUGGAAACUCAGCAAUACUGUUUUUCUUUAGUGUUCCUUGCAUCAGUUCUAUAACUUAAAACUUAAUUCAGUUUUAUCUCAGACACUCCCAAUUUUCUACAAUCUUGCUAUGAAUAAGUAAAAACAAUCCCACCGUUUGUUCAGCAUGUAAAUACACAAGUUUUGAAAGACCCACCUCUUGUUUUCACUUCUGAGUUUUUAUAAGAACUCUAUUUUCCUUAAAGAUCCACAGAUAACGUCUAAAAUGAUUCUUAUCGAUCUCAAAAGAUUCAGGUGAAAUUUAAGAAGUCAAGCCCAACUGCCAAACGUUUAUAUGCUAUAUUUCCUCUGUGCCCAACCCUCUGUAGCUCAGAGAGGCAUUUUAGUCUCCAGUCAUAAGUUUAACUUCUAACAGAUUAUGUACAUGACUUUUAAGAAACUCUUUUUACUUAAUAAAAAUCUGAGUUAUCAGGAUAUCUAGAUAACAGAAGCUUUUCUCUGUUUGGUAGGCAGAAGCAAACUUUUAAACAAAGCUCCUCCGCUGACUAUUUGUUCUGCAAAUUUGAAAGCCAGGAUCUUAGUGAAUCAUGAAGAUAUUAAAGUUUAGCCACUGCCUCCACCGCAGAGCGGAGUUAUUUGUCGUCUGUUUGUUAUAAACCUGGAUGAACUUUGAACCACGGCUGUGGAAGGAAAGUGCUUGUGACGUUAAAAACUUGAGCACGUUUAAGUAACGGAGCCUCCAGUAGGCAGCAGGAAGAGACUUGAACUGCAAUGCAACUUAUCGUGAAACUUGAGACGCAGCUUGGAAAUGCUGGACCACUUGGUCCAGAUGCCAUGAUUGUUUAUUAGCUGUUUAUACGUAACAUGGUUAUUUAUCCACAGCAGUGACGAAUGUGAACUACAGGUUUUGUUAUCACACAAAUCUAUGCACUAGUAAGACAGGAAGUGAGGGAGCCAUCUAAAUAUUGACCGGACCAGAGGAAGUGCUUAAGAAUAGUAUUUUGACAGUAUGGCACUACAUGUGAAAUGUUAAUAGCUGUGGUGAGUCUAGAUGUUGCGAUAUGCUGCACUUUUUUUUUUUUUUUUAUGUUUGGACACCUGUUUAUUGACCUAAAAAUCUCAGGCAACUAUGGUUUACCAAAACUGAAUGGUAGGAUGCUGAUUGAUUAUGACACAGUUUGUAUUUAUUAACUAGUUCUUUUGUCGUUUUUCCCUAACUAGAAAAUGUUUCUCUUUAAAUUGUUCAAUAAAUCAGAAGUUCAAGUGUU